AUGGCUACGUCUGUAGAUUACGAAAUUAGUGAGGAUGACCAGAACAGGAUCGUCGAGUUUAGCACGGUCUUCAACAAAAAAACCCAGGCCGAGACGAGGCUGAAGGCUUUGAAAGAACAGGUGCAGAAUCUCAACGAUGCUCAAGAAGAGUUGAUGAUUAACAUGGAUACUUCUUACCUCAAAAUAGGUGACUGCUUCCUCAGACUCGAAGAAGCCGAACUGGAUGAGCACCUAGAGACGCAAAAGAAGGAGGCAACCGACGAAAUCAAGCAACUGGAGAAGGAAGUCUAUGAGCACACUGCGAAGACAGCAGAGCUCAAGGCGAUGCUAUAUGCCAAGUUCGGAAACCGGAUCAACCUGGAAGCCUGA